CUGGGCCCCGCUGACCUCGCGGGCCCAGCCAUGGGCGACCGCGAGCGCAACAAGAAGCGGCUGCUGGAGCUGCUGCAGGCGGCGGGCACCGGCAACGCUCACUGCGCCGACUGCGGGGCGGCGGCUCCCCAGCCAGGCGUCUAGAUGCUGGUCCCUCUCUCCGCGCUCCCCUCUCAGUUCCCUGGAGUCCUGUCACUUACCUUCGCGCUGCCUCAGCCUCGCGCCCCCGUCCCUGGGACUCUUUCCAAGAUCUUCAUCAUGGUGGCCUCCGCGCCAGGGCCGGUGGGAUGACCAGAAGGUUCCAUGCUGGUAUCUUAGUUCAACUAAGAUCCCGACUGGGCCUCGUAUACGCUGGGUAUCUUCAUCUGUCUGAACUGCUCCGGCGUCCACCGCAAUUUCCCAGACAUCAGUAAAGUGAAAUCCCUGAGACUUGACUUCUGGGACGACAGCAUUGUGGAGUUGCUGUUGUCUUGCAGUUUAUGAUCCACAACGGGAACCUCCGUGUGAAGGCCAAGUAUGAAGCCAGAGUCCCUGCUUUCUACUACAUCCCCCAGGCCGAUGACUGCCUGGUCUUAAAGGAGCAGUGGAUUCGAGCUAAGUAUGAAAGACAGGAAUUUAUGGCGGAUGGGAAAACCCUCUCACCCCCAGGUAACCGAGAAGGGUUCCUGUGGAAGCGAGGAAGGGACAAGGCGCAGUUCCUGAGAAGGAGGUUUGUCUUCCUGGCGAGAGAAGGCCUCCUGAAGUACUACACUAAGGAAGAGGGUAAAGGUCCCAAAGCUGUCAUCAACAUCAAGGACUUGAAUGCCACCUUCCAGACAGAGAAGAUAGGGAACCCCCACGGGCUGCAGAUCACCUAUAGGACAGAAGGCCACAUCAGGAACCUAUUUGUAUAUCAUGAAAGUGGCAAGGAGAUAGUGGACUGGUUCAAUGCCCUCCGUGCAGCCCGUCUGCAAUACCUAAAAAUGGCCUUUCCUGAGCUCCCAGAGUCUGAGCUGGUGCCCCUCAUCACCAGGAACUACCUCAAACAAGGCUUCAUGGAAAAGACUGGUCCAAAGCAGAGAGAACCUUUCAAGAAAAGGUGGUUUGCCCUGGAUCCUCAGGAGCGGAGGCUGCUCUAUUACAAGAACCCACUGGAUGCCUAUGAACAGGGUGAGGUGUUUCUCGGGAGCACCGAGCAGGGGUACGAGGUGUCUGAAGACCUGCCCAAGGGCAUCCGUGGAAAUCGCUGGAAAGCCGGCCUCACCAUCAUCACCCCUGAGCGCAGAUUCAUCUUCACCUGCCCGAGCGAGAAGGAGCAGCGGGAAUGGCUGGAGAGUUUUCGGGAUGUCCUUUCCCGCCCCUUGACGCCCCUCAACCUCCUCACUGCAUCAACAGAGAGUGACCACAGCAGCAGGUGAUCCAUUGGCUGAGGAACUGGCUGGCCACUGGCCACGGGAGCUGUUGGUAGGAAGGAGAAGUUCUCACCUUGGCCUUGGUUGCCCAGCAGGAGUGCCCUGCAGUUGGCAGCCAUCUCUGGCGGUGAACUCUGCCAAGACUAAAGCUUGCAGAGCUCCCUGGGCCAGCUCCCUGGGCCUCCCCAGUGCUCAGCCCUGGGGGUGUGGGGAUCUGGUACAUGUCCUCAAGACCCAGGACAUCGGAAAGGAAGGCACUGCAAUGAAAGAGGCACCCACAGCAUCACGCAAGUGGCAUGCUUGUUCAAAAAAAAAAAAAAUGUUUAAUCUGACCUAACCAUGAGGAAAUAAUCAGACAAAUCCAUGUUGAAGACAUUCUGCAAAACAACUGGCCUGAACAGUUAAAAAACUGUCAGUAUCAUGAACGAUAAAGUAGUGUGGGAACUGUUCUUGAUUAAAGGAGACUAAAGAGCAAUACUAUGCAAUUUGUGAUUCUUGAUUGGAUCUUGGAUUUUAAAACACAGCUAUAAAUGACAUAAAUUUGAAUAUGGAUGUGUAUUAGCUAAUAGUAUUGAAAAUCUGAUAAUUAUCAGUGUGUAGGAGGAUGCUCUUAUUCUUACGAGAUAUGCGCUGAAGUGUUUAGGGGUAAAAUAUAAUAAUUUUCAGUCUACAACUGAAAUGGCUCAGCAAAAAAUAGGUAUGUGUACAUGUAUGUGUACAUGUAUGCAUAGAGUAUAUAC